CUCGUUCAUCUCAACUCAUCCUCACGCAAAACAAUACAUUCUUACAUUCGUUGUCGUACACAGACCGACUGACGCUCAUCGUCAGUACGCCAUUGACUCUGUAGGCCAACUUUGAUAUGUCACAACCGCAUAGCUCAGUCAUUCCAGAGCCUCAGAAUGAUCUUCUUUCAAGCCCUGCGGAGCUACCCGCGGCAACGCCACAAGGUCCCCUUCAUCAAACAGAUGCGCGACCUCCUUCAGCCGAACCCAACAGAUUGAUUGCCUUGCCUGGAGCAUUGCGCUUUAGCCCGCCAAACGGGGAACCCUUCACAAUCACACGGAUCUGUGCCCACCUCGCGUACCCCAUUCCUGCACAGUUGAUGGGCAACACGCCCUGGACUACAGAAUCAUUAGUCCACUCCAUUAAUGCGGGCGAAAUUGUCCCUAUUUUCGCCUCGCGAGCUAAUGGAAUCCGACGCUCGUGUCCCUUUCCAGACGACAUGGUAGUCCUGCUACCCCCCUCGGCGCUUUCGCAACAGGCACCCCCUCAGCCGCAGGUAUUCUUGAGGCCACGAGUAUCCGUCACAUCUUUUCCUCUACGACCGAUCGAAUCCCCAAUAACAUCAUCGGCACCGGACAACAGACCAACACCAGGACCGGCCAUGAACUCUCCAUCUCACAUCCCACUUCUCCAAGACAUUCGCGCCAAUCUGGAGCGCCGCUCCCUUCCACCCGCACCUGAAGAUUUAGCCACAGUCAGAGCCAGGGUCAGUGCCAUGCAUCGCCAGGUACUACGACAAAAUCCAUUUCUACCCUACAAUGACAUAUCGCAGGAGGAACGCGCCCUUCUCUCGCCCCCCAGCCGCCCGCGCGAAGAAGACGACACCUCCCCGCCAUGGCCACGCACGCUUUUCUAGUCGCAAAUGCGCGCCCGGCGCCACCACGCAGCCAACGAAGCCGCUCGUGCCGCGCUCG